CAAAAUAUUUCAUUCUUCUAGGUGGGGGGCUUCCCACAAAAUACAAGCCCCUUUAAUGGUAUGUGUGUGUCUUAUUUUUUCAAGUUUAAUGUUAUCAAUAAAGAAUAUUUGUAGCUCAGGAAUGAAACGAGAAGACCUUGGUGUACUGGUAUUAACCUAGUCUGGUAAUGAAACGUCUACAAGAAAACAACCAAGCUCAGAGAGCACCAAGGACCCCUCCAAGUUAACAUUUUAUCUCCCACAAUCAGGAAACAUGAUUCUUCCGGCUCCCCGCAAACUCGGUCCCAGUGUUUCUAGGCAACCCUUUCAGUAUCUGAUUUCAACUUCUCGUCUCUCAAGACAAGUAGGGGCCAUUGCCGAUGUUCUGCCUGGAAAAACAGUAAUCAUCCAGUGGCAAAAAGAUCAGGAGAGAAUAUGUGUCGUGACUGACAUCGGCCGCAAGCGGGCCUUUUCCACAAAACUUCCCGCGGAAAAGCCCGCCCAGGCCGCGCCUAAUGAGGAGACAACCAUGUACCGUCGCGCGUUCGUGGGUCUUCGGGCCACCGCCGUCUCCUGGCUGUGGACAGGAAACAGCUGUACCUGCAGCCGACGUUGCAGCAGCGAAGCAGGCACUUCUGAGCCGCGCUCGGUGCGGAUCGGCUGCGCCUCGGGCUUCUGGGGCGACACUGCGGCCGCAGUUCCUCAGCUGCUCUACGGGGGAAAGCUGGAUUUCCUGAUUUUUGAUUAUCUUUCUGAAAUUACAAUGUCUUUACUAGCUAGGGCCAAAGCCAAAUCUCCAGAUUUGGGAUACAUUCCUGAUUUUGUGUCAGUUGCAAUGGCUCCUUAUAUAAAGGACAUACGCAGGAAAGGUGUUCGUGUUAUCAGUAAUGCUGGUGGAAUGAAUCCACUUGGGUGUGCUGCUGCUCUUCACCAAGUUGCCAGAAAUGCUAAUGUUGACUUGAAGAUAGCUGUUAUUACUGGUGAUGAUUUGAUGGGAGAGUUAAACAAUAUAAGAAACACCAUCAUAAAACAGGAGAAUGGGAAACUAUUUCCAGAAAAUAUUCAGAGCAUGAAUGUAUAUUUAGGCGCAACACCAAUCAGCAGAGCUCUUGAUCAAGGAGCAGAUAUUGUGGUGAUUGGAAGAUGUGUUGAUAGUAGCCUUGCGUUGGGACCACUACUUCAUUCUUUUGGAUGGACUAGAGAUGAAUUCAGCCUAUUAGCAGCGGGAAGUCUUGCAGGUCAUCUGAUUGAAUGUGGUGCUCAAUGUACAGGUGGAAUAUUCACUGACUGGCAUACUGUGCCAAACUGGCAUAACAUCGGUUUCCCCAUAAUAGAAGCUUCUUCUGAUGGAAGUUUUAUUGUAUCCAAAGCACCUGACACAGGAGGCCUGGUGACCUUUGGCACUGUGGCAGAACAAUUGGUAUAUGAAAUAGAUAAUCCUAAAGAAUAUCUCUUACCAGAUGUCACAUGUGAUUUUUCUCAAGUCUCCCUUACUGAAAUUGCAGGCAUUGACGGUGGUGCAGUGAAAGUUCAGGGAGCCAAAGGAUUGCCUCCUUCACCAUUUUACAAGGUAAAUGCCACUUACCUUGAUGGAUUCAGAGCUACAGCUUGCUGCCCAAUGGGAGGACCAAGAGCAAUAGAAAAGGGGAAAAGAAUGGCUGAAAGUAUUUUGGAAAGGACACGGAUUAUGUUUCAUCAGCGGGGAUAUGAGGACUACAGUGCAGUUAACCUACAGAUUUUAGGUUCUGAAGAAACAUAUGGACCUCAUGCAAAGCAGAACAUAGAUGGUGGUCCUCGAGAAGUUGUUAUUUGGCUCGCUGUAUUUCAUAAGCAGAAAGAAGCAUUAGAAAUCUUUACCAGAGAGAUUGCUCCAGCUGGAACAGGAAUGGCACCUGGAGUCACUGCAAUUAUUGGAGGACGUCCAAAAAUAUCUCCUGUUCUGAAACCAUUUUUCUUUCUUUAUCCAAAGAAAUAUAUCAAG